UACAUCACAACCGAAGGAUUUCGGGCGACGAAGAAAAUAUUGCGGAAAAAGUCAGUUUGGUUCGAGAGCAAUCAAAUCGUUAUACAAUCGAGUAGAUGCAUGCUUUGAAAUCGCAUUGAUCUGCAACUUGCGCAAUCAACAGGAGAAGUAUACCAAUUCCUGUGAAUUUAAAAUUUAUUUCAAACUCAGGAAAAACCUGUUUUCUCUCUUUCAAGACAAGUUCUAGGCCCAAGAUUUGGACCAUCGCAGCUGGAGCGUAGGCCUAGCAAGGGACCACGGAAAGCCUUCUUCAGAGGGUACUGAAACAAUUUUUGAAGAAAUGGUUACGAAGGAAACUUUCAUUUAUUGAGAAUGGGAAAUACGGAGUCUAUCUUGGGCAGUGGUAAUAAUGCUGCCAGGGCAGCAAAGGCUAUGGCAGAUGAAACUGCAAGAGUAAGCAACGAUGGAGAACUUCCCAACGAAUCAAGUAGAGAGAUACUUCAUAGGUAUAUUGCAAAUAUUAUUCCAUGCAUUUUGAAGACUGAGAAAGUUAAUGGAGUCUAUAAAGUACUUAUGGAUGAUUCUGGAUGGCAGAAAUUGGUUGAAUGGCCGUUGGGUUUUUAUAUUUGUGGCGAGAAUCCUGAUUUUGGUUGGGAGAAAAUAAAAGCAAUGAACAGUCCACCACAGUUUUGUGGAAAAGUAUUUGACAUUGGUGAUCCUACAUACUCUUGCAAGGACUGUGCUGCUGACCCAACAUGUGUGUUUUGUCAUGACUGCUUCAACAAAAGUUCCCAUGUGAAUCACAGAUACAGGAUACAUACAUCAAGUGGUAAUGGUGGUUACUGUGAUUGUGGUGAUGUGGAAGCUUGGAAGAAAGAUCCUUAUUGUGAACUACAUUUACAUGGAAGCAUUAAUGUUACUGAAAAGGAUCCCAAAAGACUGUUACCAAGUGGUGUUAUAGAGAGAGCAACAUUUAUGUACCAAGAAUUGCUACAAUAUUGUGUUGAUAUGAUUUUAUGGAAUGAUGAUGGCCAGUAUGAGAAUUUGCCAGAAGAGCUUAGGAGACCUAGAAAUAAUGCUACCUACAUGUGCAUGCUUUAUAAUGAUGAAGUACACACUUAUGAUCAGGUUAUCCGGACAUUGCAGCAAGCAAUUGGAUGUGACAAAUCAGAAGCUAUUCGAUAUGCUACAAUUGUAGAUAAAGAGGGAAGAUCAAUGAUAUAUAGUGGAACCAAAGACGCUUGUGUAAAAGUUUGUGAGGAUGUAAAGGCACGUACAUCAAGGAAUGGCAAAGAUCCUUUAGCCUGUGAAGCAAUACACCAAGAUAUCAUUGCCCAACAAGUUGCUGCAAUUGACAUGCUCAAACUACUGAACAAAGUCACAUCUUAUUCAGAUGGCUUAAGAAGGAUAUUGUGUGAGCUGACAUUGAACGUUAUUCCUCCAAGAGUGGAGCCUUUGUUGGAUGUAAUACUAGUAGCAGAUACUUCACUUUGGAAAGUGGCAAGAAGUGGUUGUCAUCAGCUUUUCAUGAACAGUGUUUUAGUGGAUGCAUAUGGGAAGAAAAAAUUUGCUGUUUCGUUUGCGAAGGUCUACAACUUGAUAAUGAAUGACUUCAUAGAGGAUGAUCAUGAUCAUGGGAUAUCGGCAUCAUCAAUGUCCGUACAGAUAUUCACUGUGCCUUCUUUGGCCCAGUCGUUAAUGUUGGACUACAACCUUUUGCAAGUGGUCUUUAGUACAUUCCUUGAGCAAUUAGAUGAAGCCAUAACAGAUGGAGGUUACAUCGAUUUCCAAGUUGGAAAGAGGGGACGCUCUGUAUCGCUCAAGAGAGAGUACUACAUUCUGCAUGAUCUUGGGUAUCUUCUUCAUCACAAGCCUGAAAAAUGGACGCAAGAAUUUCGUACAGUGUUUUUAAGUGCAUUCGAUUUGUUUGCAAAGAUACUCAGAGGAAUGCAGGGAAUGGAGCAAGUGACUCGAAAACUUGUAACUCACAUCGAAUAUGAACCAAAUUGGGAGACGGGGUUUCUUAUGCAACUUUGGAUGAUGCCCGUGAUCGAGGCUAUGAUUGCUUGGACAACUUCUGACACCGAAGUUUUCAGACAGGUUAUUGAAAAAUGUAUGGAAAUACUCUUGAAGUUAACGCCAGCUUUGCAGUUUGCGGAUAAAAACCAUUCUGAGGUUGACCCAGCAUUUAAACUAGUUGUUUGCGACGUGUCAACUCAGCCGGUAUCAGUUCACUUAGGCCUCAGCAGAUUUCUUGCAGGUGUACUUGCCUGCUCUGUAAAGAAUGGAGCAUCACUGGAUGAGCUUUUUAAUUUCUCUGGGAAGAAAAAAGCUGAGUCAGAUGAGAUUCUUUUAAGUUUGAUGGAAUACCCGCUCCGCACCUUGGUUUUUGCUGCGCAGGUUUCUGCAGGAAUGUGGCGGAGAAAUGGAUAUGCUGUAAUACAUCAGGUUUCCUACUACCAAAACGUCAGAUGUGUUUCUGAAAUGUAUGACAAGGAUAUUAUCAUGCUUCAAGUUGUUGCUGCCUUGAUGGACAGUAAUUACUUCUUAACCGCGUUGUUGGACAAGUAUGGCUUGCUCAACUGGCUUAGUUUGGGCUUUAAAGAAUCGGAUUUGGACGAGGAUGCUCAAAGAAGAACUGUGGUUAUUUCUGAGGAAUUUUUGUUUACAGUCAUGGCGGUGUUGGGAGAGAGGCAUGUGCUUGGCAUUGGUGAAGUCAAUGCUAAAGAUAUUCUGAGAAAAGAGGUGGUGCAUAGACUGGCACUAGGGCCUGCAUCAAGAAGUGAAAUUGUAAAGAACCUACCUUCCAAAGAUCCUGGUGAUGACGAAGAUUGCACAUUUGAGUCUCUUCUCGAUGACGUCUUGAAGUCUGUUGCUGAUUUCAGGCAACCCGGUCUUACCGCAAAAGGGUUAUAUCAACUGAAACAAAGCUGCUUUGAAGAGUGCAGCCAAUACUUCUAUCAUUACUCAAGGUCAGAGCAAUCAAAGGUUCUGGAAAACCGAAGAAAAGAAUCGAAAAAAGCAAGUUCGUCAACUGGAGUUAAAGUGCCGAUGCCUGCCAACUUCACACCUCCCUACACGCCGAUAUUGAAUAUUUUGAGCUGUUCCAAAAUGGCAAAAAUUCUGGCAAUAAUUUUAUUCAGAGCUUCGAAUGGUGAUUCGAAAAUAACUCCUGAUACUCUGAUUGAAGAGGCACUUUAUAUUGUUGCCCUUGGAUUAUACGAAGACAAGCGAAAAAGAGAGGCAGGUCUCGCGCAAUCUCGCAGUUUCGUUGAUUUGGCCACAAGUGUACUGGGGAUUGUCAACAGCAAACAGUUGACCAUUCAGAAUCUUUUGGAGGAUAUCCAGAAAAAGUCCAAAAGUCAGGAAUACGGGGAACUUGUUGACUGGGUUUUAUCAUUUCUGUAUGAUGAAUUGUCGUAUAAAAAGAAUGACAUGGAUGAGUCAAAUCAAGCAGUGAAACGGAAGCAGGGUGAGGUAGACAGCGAGGCGAAAGCCGACUCGGAGAGACGGGCAAGACUGGCAAGGGAAAAAAGAGAAAAGGUAAUGGCACAGAUGUCACAGAUGCAAAAGUCUUUCAUUAAAAAAUACGAAGAUUUCCUUGACAUUGACGAUGGUACAAAUGACGAAGAAGACAUGAGUGAUGGUGAUUUGGUGACCGUCGAAAUUGAAUCUGUUGCUGUAGGGUCCGGUCGAGCAUUCCCCAAGCAGAGACUGGAAAAUGUGAUCUGUAUUUUAUGCCAGGAGAAGCAAGAUGUGACAGCAGAUGGUCGCACAAUUGUUAUGACUGCCUUCCUACAACGAUCUAAAGUACUGUCAAAAGCGAAGGGUAAAAGCCUGAUCGAUGCUGCGUAUUACAACCCUGUUUACCCGCCACGUGACAUGUUUACAGGUGUUUUUAUGAACACGUGUGGACAUGUCAUGCAUUACGAAUGCUGGCAAAAGUACUUUGAUUCAGUACGAGACAAAGAGGGAAGGCACCUACUCCGAAUGCAUUUCCAUCCUCAUAUUGAUGUUGCAAAAAGUGAAUACCUGUGUCCCUUGUGCUCGUCAUUUUGCAACAGCGUUGUCCCGCUGCUUCCAGCAAUUGAGUUCAAAGAGAGCACAAGUCAACAAAUGGAUACCGAUGAAGAUUUGGUAGAUUCAGAGAGAUUGUUGCUUGAGUUGACCAAAAAGAUGAACAGUGAAGCAGGCACCUUGUUUAGAAAAGGUUCGUCGCCAACUGCUACCCGUCUUCCGUCGUCUUUGUCCUCUUUGAAAGAGUUCUUUCAAAACUUUGUUUUGGCGGGUUAUGAAUUGUCCAACAGCGCACAAGAUAUGAUCCAAAGAUUUGCAACUGCUGUCGAGAAGAUCGGUCGUAAAGAUUCGUCCCCCAGCUCCCCAUCAUCAAAGCUGCUAAUGGCUUGGAACACUUGUUCAUAUACAAUACAGGCAAUGGAAUGCAUUUUGCGGGAUGAAAAUAAAAGUCUUUUUGAUCUAACGAGUAGAAAGACUGAUUGUAUGAGUUCGCUCGUUCGUUACUCUGCUAUGAGCAGUUCUGUCACAAACGCCGCUCAUAUGCAGACCGAAUGUCUCAGGUUACUCGCAGCUCUCAUCCCUUGCAACAUAUCAGAGCUCAAUCAGCCGUGCAUCUUGGACCUUGAUAUUUUUUCUGCUAUGCUGAUUCUACGAUUUUCAUUACCAAGCCUUGAUCUGACUGGUAGCAAUUUGGCAAUAGCAGAUCUCGUCUCAAACGGGACAGCUGAUCAAUUCCUGCUGAAUAUCUCGCUUCUGGCAGUUCUUACUCAGCUCCUGCUCAGUGCGCCCGCAGAAAUCGAUGCUUACAAUGAAGAGUUAACCCAUCUUGCUAGCGAAACAGUCAAAGAGGAAUUUGCGGCACUUUGGGGGAAAAUGCGCCAAUUUAGCAAUAUUUCAACCACAGACAGGCCACAUGAGGAGCCAGAGAAGCUCUUUUGCUACGUUAUUCAGCAAUGCCUACCAUUCAUCCGAUCUUCGGCUUUGUUCUUUCAUUUUCUAACGGGUGUUGCCCCUCCGGUUGUUCUGGCACAACACGACGAAAGCGACCACCACAGGCUCACAAGAGAAGUCCGUGCAAUCUGCGGUUACCUCUCACUUCCAACAGAUAUCGUCAGCGUGAUGCCUCUUGGUAAUAGUGAACAGAAGUCUUCAUUAGCCUUUGCAUCGGUCGUUGAAAGAUGGUGUAGCCAUGACUCCGUUAGGGGAUAUUUUUCGAACCCGAAAACAGCCACAAACAUGGCUACCUUUUCUUCAACCCCAUCUCGACUUAUUCCUCUCCCGAAAGACUACAGUUCCUUGAUAACAGCUGCUUCGGGUUUCAGAUGCCCAAUGACUGGCGACAUUAGUCAGAAUCCUACGCUUUGCCUUGUCUGUGGAGAAAUGCUAUGCGCUCAGAGUUAUUGCUGCCAAGCUUUGGUCGACGAAAAGCAUAUUGGAUCCUGCACUGCUCAUGCCGAGAAAUGCAACGAAACUCUGGGUGUCUUCCUUCUCAUCAGAGAUUGCCAAAUACUUCUUCUAUAUAACAGAACAAAGGGUUGUUUGAUUGCCUCCCCAUAUCUUGAUGAAUACGGCGAACCAGACGUAAAGUUUAGACGUGGCAAUCCGCUGUACUUAUCUUCAUGCAGGUAUAACAAUCUUCAGAAAUUGUGGCUAACGCAUAUGAUCCCACAAGAAAUUGUGCGUCAGAUGGAAUCCAACAGAAAUUAUAUGUCAGUUGACUGGCAACAGUAUCUCUAACUUUGCUGCCGUUUAUGCUGGGUCGUUUCCUUGUCAAAGUACGAGUAUUGUUUGCUAGAUACUUACUGUAUAUGAUGAAGGUUUUUCCUUCCAUUGCAUGUUACAUUGGCCUAUAAAAAUUUUGGGCUCGGUUUGGCCUUUUCUUGACUUGUUCAUGCCCCUCUCCCAAGCUCAUCGUUUGUGCUUUUCUCCCAACCUCUCCUUAAGGUCCCCUUCAGUUCUCCUUAAGCUCUCCUUAAGCUCUUUUCGAGCUUCUUUUAAUGUCUAUCCUACGUAUUACCUCUCUCUUAUACAAAAGAGCGUUUGGUGGGGAACUUCACGAUGAAUCAUUACGAAACGGAGUCUUAUGAAGAAAAGAACUGUUAGUUCCUUAAUCAUAUCUCUUAUUUGGAAAGAUGUCUUAGUUAUCUUUGCAAAGUAAUGUCUUGUUUUUUUCCUAAGUAUAAUUUGCACCUUGACAUUAUAUUUUUAUUUGCUGUUGCGAAAAAAAUUUGGGCGUUAAGAUGCUAUCGAAGAAAAAUUUUGCUUGCUUCUGUAUACUGCCGUGUAACAUUGACUACUGUUACAUAGAAAUAGUAAAUUCUUGUCAUUUUGCUGCUGGCAUAUCAUUGUUUCCCGUUUAAGCCAAGCCAACCUCGCACUCUUUGAAAUUUACUCGCCAGAAUAUUUUCCAGUUUACUUAGAAAUGCAGGAGUUCUGUGUUUCAAGAAAACCACUGCUAAAGUUCUCUGAUAUUUUUUUGUAUCUUUCCAAACCCUAUCCUUGUCUUUCAUUACAGAAUACGUUUUAAUUUGGCUGUCAUAAGAGUCUCUAAUGCCCACUACAUUGUUAGGCCUUUUAUGUUUUCACGCAGCUGUGUUGCGAAGCCAUAGCUAGGAGUGCCACAGUCAACUGAAUUUGUGAUAUUUGUUUCAUUGCGUCAUGAUUGAAUUGUUCUUUGUAAGUAGCUAAACAUUUCAUUUCUUAAUUAUCGCCUUAUACCUGACGAUGGCCUCCAAAGAUUGUGCAAUAAUUAAUAUCGCGUGAUGAUAUCUUAAAUAAUCUACAUAGCACCUCUGUAUUAUUGUGUUCAUACGAAUGAGCUAGCAUCUUUAUAUAACUUCCAUUUCUUCAAUAAAUGCUGUUAGUAUAUUGUAAAGUCAUGUUUGAAAAUGUCGAUAACAAUGAUUUUCAGACCCCUUCUA